AAGUCCAACAGUAAAUCGUUUAUAUUUAUAUUUUUUAUACUAUAUAUAUGUAUGAAAAAAUGCUAUCUAAUAGCAGGCUGCUUCAACAAUUGUUGCCUUCAAUUUGCCGGCGUUUUUCAACUGGUUCAAGAGCUAUUAUUGCACAGAAAUCUGGCAGUGCAGAAAAGAAGAAUGUGGUAAUGGUACCAAUACAGACUCCCUUUAUGCCAGAUCGUGCUGGCCGUCUUCCACUUAACAUGGUACCUCAGUUAAAUGAAAUUGCAUCUUUUCAUCUGCGAGCCAAUAAAGUUGGACGAUUAUUUGCCGAUUUGGAAAAAAAUGGUCUUAUCUCUGUUGCAAAGGUUCAGGAAAUAAAAGUUUUUCCAGAAUUUUAUCAACACUGGAAGACGAACGACAACUUGCAGAUCCAAUGCACACUUCAUGAUGUUGGAACAAAGUCGUUCAAUCUACAAUUCGACAUAUAUGACAACACCAGUACCAUAGUGCUUUGCAGGAAUAUGCGUAGUAUUGUUGUCUGCGAUGUUAAAAUGAAGCCUUGUGUUAUACCAAAAGAACCUCUGGAUUUCUUGAAUUCUGUUGCUUUUCACAAGGAAAGAUAUUUUAUUCCUAAAGCUUUUAGUACCAUACCUGUUGAAACUUAUGAAUGGAACACCAUAAUUCGGCCCAGUGACUUAGAUGGUUAUUAUCACGUCAACCAAGCAAACUACUUGGAGAUUAUGCUUGACGCUGCCGUCAGUGGUGCAAGAAAUGGUAUAUACAAGUCCCUGAGGCAGGAUAUUGCCUUUGCAUCAGUAGAUCAAAUCAUUCUUGAUUAUGCAAGGGAAUUAUGUUUAGACGAACAAGUGUGGGUUAAAACUUGGGAAGACAACGAACAUCCAAUGAAAUUAUGUUUUGAAAUGACAACUGGUUCAAAGAUGGCUUUCCAGGGAAGUAUUUUACUAAAAGAACCACUGCUGAAAUUAAGUGAUGAAAAUAAGCAAAACUUCCCCAGAGCUGAAGAAUUUUAACUGCUAUCAAACAUUAUAACAUAUCUCAAAGCUAGAAUAGAAAUUUUAGUUCUGUUGUAAAAUAUUUGUAUGCCUUCUUAAUUGUGAAUUCAACAGUGUAUCUUUCCAAAAAAAAGACGAAUGUACAUUUUGCUUUGGGAAAGUGUAUCCCAUUGAUCUAAUGAUAUGGCUGUAUGGAUAUUUUGUAUUAUUUAUACUUCAUUUAUAAUUUCUCUGAAUUAUACCUGCAGAAAAUUGCACAACUCAAAACACUGAAUCAUCAAUGCCCAGCCUGCAGCCACUGUACAUAACAUUUUAAUA